UGGAGCCAGAGGGAAUGGGCCCUGGGAGCCUCAGACCUCCUCAGGAGAUGUUGACCUUCAAGGAUGUGGCUGUCGACUUCACCUGGGAGGAAUGGGACCUCUUGGACACCUCUCAGAAAGAGCUGUACAAGGAAGUCAUGGUGGAGAAUGCCAAGAACCUGUUAUCCCUGGGGUUUCUAGUUCCCAGAGAAGAGGUGAUCUCUUAUUUUGAGCAAAGGAAAGCACUGUGGAUGCUGGACCCAGAAGGCCCGAGGAGCUGCUCUCCAGUCUAGUCUAGGCACAAUUAAGUGACUUCUACAUGGCAGCCUUGACAGAGCAUCCCCUACAUGGCAGCCUUGACAGAGCAUCCCCUGCUCUCAUGAAGGUCACAGAAUGGCGGGGAAGGCAAUAUACCAGCAACUAUCAAGAAGCCCACCGUGAACCAGAUAAACAAUAAAUUUAGUGCCUCACUGCAUUAUUAAUUGGUAAGGAUAAUGGUAGUUUAGGGAGAGCAGAACUGGGGAGAAAACAGUCAAACUGAAAUAAAAAGCUAGUAUUUAUAUAGUACUAUGUGUCAUACUCUGCAUUGUCUUAUUUUAUCUUCAUAAGAAUCUGAGGACUUAGCUGCUAUUUUACAGACAUAAAAAAUGAAUCAAACAGAGAUCCUUUAACUUGACUAGCAAGUUUCUGAGGUGGGAUUAAAACCACUGUCUUCCUGAUUUAAGGCCCUCUCCAUAAUAUAUCCAAAUAUGAUGUAAAUAGUCACACAUGUAUGAAGUAGAAAAUAGCAGGAGAAUUGCACAAACUCCUGUUGAAACUUGGAAAUUCAUUUUUUUUUAACUCUAGCCAGUCAAAAGAAAUUGCAAAUUACUGUUAAAAAGAUUUACAUUUCUAUUGGCUCAUGACAAUUAUUGCACUAAAUGACAAAUAUACUCAAGGAUCAAUUAAAAAUAUUGAUUGAUAUUAUUUUUAAUAAUAUUUAUAUACUCACAACCUUUUAAAGGAUAGCAACUGAAAUCCUACUGAAUAGCCAAGCAGUUUCUCAACUGCCAGGUAGAAGAAGAAUAACAUAAACAGCAGAUAAGUACAAAUUAGAAAACAAUUCUUCCCAUUUCAAUGAACGGCAGUUUAAGAUCUGCUUUUCUAGAAAGGUUGUGGGUUUCCAUGGUGAUUUCAUGAUGACUUCUCCUGUCCCUGCCUCCUGAUCAUGGUUCCUGCACUGCUGUAGGAAUGCAGACCUCAGGUAACAUCUUGAUCAAAUGAUUUAGAGAUAUGAUGAGGAGUAGUUAGGUAACCCAGGAGGGAGAGAACUGGUCCAAGAAGAGACAGCCUCUGAGGGACUUUGUACUCCUGUGGCCAUUUGUACAUGAGCGCCCAAUCUUCCUGGAUAACUGAAAACAAUCUGAUGUCAAUUUGAGAAGCUACAAGACUACAUUGCACUUAGUAGCAGCCAGAGGUUAAUGGAAUCGUUGCACAGUCCUCCAAAGCAGUGUAUUGGUGAUCAUGAUAGACUGAAAUCAUGGCAGAAAGAGCAUUUCUCUCAAAACUGAGGGAGAAAUAUGCACCUCUGUGUUGUCCCAGAGGACAGCUACCUUUAUAACCAAAUCAGAUAUUUAUUUACCACUUAAGGUGCCACUAACACAUUUUUGGGCCUUGAAUCAUUAUUUCAAUCCUUCAAGGGUUUUGUGAGUUUCUAAAAGGGAAAGGAUUGCAAUAGUGGUGCUCCCUUCCAUAUCAUAAGAUGAUGAGACAUAUUUUCAGAUGUUAAUAAUUACAUGCAUUUUUAGGAAAUUGUGUUUCUCAGCAUAUGCAAAAGGCAUAGUAUGAUAAUUUUAAAAAAAUAAAUGUGAUAGCUGUCUCAAAAAAGGUAAUGGUUCAAAAAUACUGAUACCUCAAGUAAAUAUAAAAAACAACUGUGUUAGCCUUCUGAAUAUGAUCUCAAAUAAUGUAAUAGAAAAAAAAAUUGAAAGUCACUGUCAUGGAAAUUUGUUAUAGUUACAGACAGGAUAGAUCAUGAAAUAAUUUGAAUAUUUGUAUAUAUGGACCAAAUGACAUAUGUAUUUUUAAAAAAUCAUUGAAAGUGCAUAUAAUGAAAGGGAAAGGGGUAAAUUGAGAAUGUAGAUAUUUUGUCACAUACUGUAGAUAAAGCAUGCCCAUUCACAGGGUGUAAAUUCUAAUCUCAGUUGCUGGGAUUUGGGUCAAGUCACUCUGCCAUUCUGAGCUGAUGACCCUGAAUUAUGCACCUAAUAAAAAUGAAGUUACUUUCUAUGUUGUCACAGGUUUAUUGUAAAGUUCCAAUAUAACUGUGCAUGAAGCUCCAUAGAAAUUAAAUUAUGUUUGGGAUGUAAACUAUUGGGAUUUAAAAUGAUUGAUUCUGCCCAUUUAAGAUUUUUGUAUCUAUUUGCCUAGGAAAAAGUCAAAAAAACUGAGUUUUUUUUCUGAUGGAUGGAAGGGAAUGUAAAUCUAUAUAUGUACCUGAAUCAAUAAUGUCUAUGUUUGUUAUUGUUUUCUUUGUUUUUUUGUUUUUGUUUUUUUUUUGGAAGGAGAGCUCAGACUUGAAAUGAAGGAAACUACUGCGAAGUUAAGCCUUUCUGUGGUAGAAAGUCACAAGCAAAGAUUCAUGAGGGACAGUCCUUGUGACUUUACUUCGAGAGAAAUCUGUGCAACACAUAAGAGAGUCCGGCUUAGAGAGAGACAUUAUGAAUGUAACCAGUCUGGGAAAGGUUUUAUAAAAAAGAAAAAUCUUAUUGUACAUCAAAGAAUCCAUACUGGAGAGAAACCUUAUGAAUGUAAUCAAUGCGGGAAAAAUUUUAGAGAAAAAAGAACUCUUAUUGUACAUGAGAGAAUCCACACUGGUGAGAAACCUUAUGAAUGUAACCAGUGUGGGAAGGCUUUUAGAGAAAACAGAGGUCUUAUUAGACAUCAGAGAAUCCACACUGGAGAGAAACCUUAUGAAUGUAAGCAGUGUGGAAGGGCUUUUAGAAAAAGGGCUUCUCUUACUGAACAUCAGAGAAUCCAUACUGGAGAGAAACCUUAUGAAUGUAACCAGUGUGGAAAGGCUUUUAGACAAAAGGUUUCUCUUACUGAACAUCAGAGAAUCCAUACUGGAGAGAAACCUUAUGAAUGUAACCAGUGUGGAAAGGCUUUUAGACAAAGGAGUGGUCUUAGUGGACAUCAGCGUAUCCACACUGGAGAAAAACCUUAUCAAUGUAACCAGUGUGGGAAGGUUUUUAAACAAAUGACAUCUCUUAUUGAACAUCAGAGUAUCCACACUGGAAAGCAACCUUAUGAAUGUAACCAAUGUGGAAAGAUUUUGAAAGGUAGAAAAGUUCUUAUUAUACAUCAGAAAAUCCACACUGGAGAGAAACCUUAUGAAUGUAACCACUGUGGGAAGGCUUUUAGAGAAAGGGGCGAACUUACUGUACAUCAGAGAAUUCACACUGGAGAGAAUCCUUAUAAAUGUAACCAGUGUGGAAAGGGUUUUAAAAAUAGAGGAAAUCUUAAUGUACAUCAGAGAAUCCACACUGGAGAGAAACCUUAUGAAUGCAAACAGUGUGGGAAGGGUUUUAAAAACAAAGGAAAUCUUAAUGUACAUCAGAGAAUCCACACUGGAGAGAAACCUUAUGAAUGCAAACAGUGUGGAAAGGGUUUUAAAAACAAAGGAAAUCUUAAUGUACAUCAGAGAAUCCACACUGGAUAGAUACCUUAUGAAUGUAACCAUUGUGGAAAGGCUUUUACAUGUAAACAAAAUCUUACUGUACAUCAGAAUCCACACUGGAAAGAAUUGUGAAAAGGAUUUCAGUCAAAGGAAAGCUCUUACUGUCAUCAGAGAACCCAUGAUGGAGAGAAACCUUAUGAAUGCAACCAGUGUGAAAAGUGUUUUUUAAAAAGGAAGCUUUUUAAUGGAUGCCCAACAAUUGGAGAAUGGCUGAAUAAGCUAUGGCAUAGUUACGGAAUGUUAUUGUUCUAUAAGAAAUCAUCUUGCUGAUCAUUAGAAAGGCUUAUGUGAGCUGAUGCUAAGUGAAAUUGGAUUAUUUGCCAUCUAGGAGAGGGGGUGGUGGGAAGGAAGGGGAAAAAAAUUUGAAACACAAGGUAUUGCAAGGGUUAAUGUUGAAAAUUACCUGUGUAUGUUUUGAAAAUUAAAAAGCUUUAAUUUUUUUCUUUAAAAAAAAUGGGGAAGUUUUUAUUCUGCAUCAGAAAAUUCACACUGGAGAGAAGCAUUAUGAAUAUAACCAUUCUGGAAAGAUUUUUAGAGAAAGUAGAGCUCUUGGUGGACAUCAGAGUAUCCACACUGGAGAAAAACCUUAUGAAUGUAAUCAUUGAGGAAAGGCUUUUUGAAAUGGGGAAUGACUACAUCAGAGAAUUUACACUAGGUAGAAACUUUAUGAAUGUAACAAUUUUGGAAAGGCUUUAAUAAAAAUCUGAUUAGUUAUCAGUUAGUAUUAGUAAUAAAAAUCUGAUCUGUCAAUAAAGGUAA